AUGGCCUGGUGGAACACGCUCGAGAUCACGGACGCGACGUCGACGACGCGCUUCCGGACGCAGACCGACGAGGAGCGGCUCCAGGCGGCGCUCGCGCUCGUCGCCGCCUACCUGCGCGGCGGCGCGACGGCGACGCUCGUGCUGCCCGUGUCGCUGGGCCUCGACGACGACUGCUGGCGGCGCUUCGGCGACCUCGUCGGCGGCGCGGGCUGCGUCGUGCGCCGGCGCGAGGUCGACGCGCGCGCCGCGGGCGCCGCCGCGGCCGGCCGCCGCCGGCGCGCGUACGAGAUGACCGUCGACGCGUCGGCCCAGGUGCGGCGCCAGUUCGCGACGGCCUGGAGGCUCUCGGCGCACGCCAUGGCCGUCGCCAAGGCCCGGGCCGCGCCGAAGCGCGCGCGGCGCGCCGCGGGGGACGCCGCCGCCGGGCGGUCGCGGACGCCGAGCCCGCCGCCGGGCCCGCCGCCGCCGACGCGCGAGCCGCCGUCGCCCGAGCUCGGCACGGAGUCCCUGGCGCGGGACUCCGUCGACGUCGCCCGCUUCGACGUCGACGCGGAGCCGGCUCCCGCGGUGCCCGAGUCGCCCGCGCCGCCGCGGCCGCCGCGCGCCGCGUCGCCCGCGGAGGCCGCCGCGGCCGCGGGCGCCGUCGCGGCGCGCCUCGCCGCGCGCGCGGUCGCCGGCGGCCUGCGCCGCGCGAGGACGCGCGCCGCGGCGGCCCGCGCCGCCGAGCGGCGCCACCCGGCGCGCGUCGUCGCGGGCGCGGCCGCGGCGGCCGGCGAGCGCGGCGACGCGCGCGCGCCCUGGCUCGCGCGGCUCGCGGGCGCCGGCGCCGCCGCGGCGGUGCGCUGGGCCCGCGACGCGGCCGGCGCGCUGCGGUCGUCCGCGGCGGCGCUCGACGACGCCGCGCUCGCCGCGCGCGCGACGGCGCCGCGGCCCGAGGCCGGCGAGCUCCGCCUCAUCCAGGCCUGGGUCCCGCCGCGCGGCGCGGACUCGCACCUCGUCGUCGUCUGGACGGCGCGCGGCGGCCUCGAGUCCGCGACCCGCGUCGCCGCGCCCGAGGUCGGCGUGCGGCGCGCCGUGCCCCUGGGGCCGGAGCCCGUCGCGACGGCCUGGCUCCUCGACGCGCUCGCCGCCGUCGCCGACGGCGUCGCCGCGGCCCUCGCGCGCGACGCGGCGACGCGCGCGCCCGCGCGGCUCGACCUCGUCUUCAAGCUCGGCGCGGCGAACGCGCUCCACCUCCUCUACUGCGACCGCGUCGAGUUCGCGCCCGCGCCCGCGGCGCCCGCGGCGCGCGCGCCCGCGCGGCCCGCGCGGCCCGCGCCCGCGGCGCGGCCCGCGGCGCCCGCGCGCGCGCCCGCGCGCGCGCCCGCGCGGCCGCCGUCGGCCAAGGGCCCGCGGCGCCGGCCCUUCCAGAAGCGCUGCGAGAAGUUCUUCAAGCGCCAGAUCGCCCACCCCAUGGAGAUCACCGUGCUCUCCUACCUCGGCGCGGACCGCGACGACGCGAGGUCGGGCAAGGAGCGGAACAUCGCGCGCCUCGAGCGCGAGUUCUCCCAGAAGCGCACGCUCCCGACGGACUUCGCGCCGCCGACGCGGUGA